GCAUUGCAAAAGUUAGAAGCCCGACAGGCCUCUAAUGAACCAGCUGCUAAUCGACCUGUCUCCGAAUUAUCAGAUGAGCUCUAUCAGAGACUUGGCGAGCACUUCUCUGAUGAAGCUAUGCAGCACAGAGUACCUGUGCUAUGGGAAACGAUGGUUGGUGCCCACCUUUCUAGCCAGGAGAAACGCAAUCUCCUCUGUCGAGACUAUAACUCGUUUAGCGGCUUUCUAAUGAGCGAGGUGUUGUCUCAACAGGCUGACCAGCUACUGGCUGAACGGGAAGCUGCGGAGGUUUGUUUACGCUCUUAA